GGCCAGCCUGGUCUACAUAAUGAGUUCAAGGCAGCUCUGGGCUACAUGAGUCCUGUCUUAAAAUGAAGAAGGAAGGAGGGAGAAAGAUGAAUAAGCCUCUCAAAGAUGCCUCUUAGGCACUUCCAAGCGGCUCCACCCCAUGAUCUGGCCCCGUCCACCCUCCCCCUCCUUUUCCAGCCCCGCUCCUUGUCCCUCUGGACCCCGAUCCUCCCGGAGAGGGAGAGGGAGGGUAGCACCGCGGGUCCUAGAGAAGGAACGCCAUGGCGAGCUCUGGGCUAGUAGCCGUCCUGGAGCGUCAUGGCGACCCCUCGCCGCCCCUCGCAGGAACUGAGACGAGCGGAGUUGGUGGAGAUUAUCGUGGAGACCGAGGCGCAGACGGGAGUCAGCGGUAUCAACGUAGCAGGCGGCGGCAAAGAAGGAAUCUUCGUCCGCGAGCUGCGCGAGGAUUCACCUGCGGCCAGGAGCCUCAGCUUGCAGGAAGGGGACCAGCUGCUGAGUGCCCGCGUGUUCUUUGAGAACUUCAAGUAUGAGGAUGCGCUUCGCCUGUUGCAAUGCGCCGAGCCCUACAAGGUCUCCUUCUGCCUGAAGCGCACUGUGCCCACGGGGGACCUGGCGCUGCGGCCCGGGACGGUGUCUGGCUUCGAGAUGAAGGGCCCGCGGGCCAAAGUGGCCAAGCUGAACAUCCAGAGUCUGUCCCCUGUGAAGAAGAAGAAGAUGGUGCCGGGGGCCCUGGGGACCCCUGCAGAUUUGGCCCCUGUCGACGUUGAGUUCUCCCUACCCAAGUUCUCCCGACUGCGUCGGGGUCUCAAAAUCGAGGCUGCCAAGGGACCUGUCCCAGCUGCCCCAGCCCGUCGUCGUCUCCAGCUGCCCCGGCUACGUGUCCGAGAAGUGGCUGAAGAGGCCCAGGUAGCCCGAAUGGCGGCGGCUGCUCCUCCCCCGAGGAAGGCCAAGGCAGAGGCUGAGGUAGCCACAGGAGCUGGGUUCACAGCCCCUCAGAUAGAGCUAGUCGGGCCCCGGCUGCCAAGUGCCGAGGUGGGUGUUGCUCAGGUGCCAGCUCCCAAGGGAGCCCCGUCAGCGGAGUCAGCCAGCGGCUUUGCCCUUCACCUGCCAACCCUGGGGUUAGGAGCCCCAGCUGCCCCAGCUGCGGAGCCCCCAGCCAUCGGAAUCCAGGUUCCACAAGUGGAGCUCCCCACCCUGCCCUCUUUACCCCCUCUUCCCACUCUUCCAUGCCUGGACACCCAGGAAGGGGCUGCAGUGGUGAAGGUCCCCACCCUGGAUGUGGCAGCACCUUCCGUGGGAGUGGACCUGGCUUUGCCAGGUACAGAGGUGGAGGCCCAGGGAGAGGUACCUGAGGUGGCCCUGAAGAUGCCCCGCCUCAGUUUCCCCCGCUUUGGGGUUCGAGGGAAGGAAGCUACUGAAGCCAAGGAGGUCAAGGGAAGCCCUGAGGCCAAAGCAAAGGGUCCCAGACUUCGAAUGCCCACCUUUGGGCUUUCUCUCCUGGAGCCCCGGCCCUCUGGCCCUGAAGCUGUCGCUGAGAGCAAGCUGAAGCUCCCCACCCUCAAGAUGCCUUCUUUUGGCAUUGGUGUGGCUGGGCCUGAGGUCAAGGCACCCAAAGGGCCCGAAGUGAAGCUCCCCAAGGUUCCUGAUGUCAAACUCCCAAAAGUGCCUGAGGCAGCCAUUCCAGAUGUGCGACUCCCCGAGGUACAGCUGCCCAAAAUGUCAGAGGUGAAACUUCCAAAGAUCCCUGAGAUGGCCGUACCCGAGGUUCACCUUCCAGAAGUGCAGCUGCCCAAAGUCCCUGAGAUGAAAGUCCCAGAGAUGAAGCUCCCGAAGGUGCCUGAGAUGGCUGUGCCUGAUGUACACCUUCCAGAUGUACAGCUCCCAAAAGUUCCCGAAAUGAAGCUCCCAGAGAUGAAGCUCCCGAAGGUGCCUGAGAUGGCUGUGCCUGAUGUAAGACUUCCGGAAGUUCAGCUGCCCAAAGUGUCAGAGAUGAAGCUCCCAAAGAUGCCUGAGAUGGCUGUGCCUGAUGUACGACUUCCGGAAGUUCAGCUGCCCAAAGUGUCAGAGAUGAAGCUCCCUAAGAUGCCUGAGAUGGCCGUGCCCGAUGUUCGACUUCCAGAAGUUCAGCUGCCCAAAGUGUCAGAGAUGAAGCUCCCAAAGAUGCCUGAGAUGGCCGUGCCCGAUGUUCGACUUCCAGAAGUUCAGCUGCCCAAAGUGUCAGAGAUGAAGCUCCCUAAGAUGCCUGAGAUGGCCGUGCCCGAUGUUCGACUUCCAGAAGUUCAGCUGCCCAAAGUGUCAGAGAUGAAAGUGCCUGAUGUGAAACUUCCUGAAAUGAAACUUCCAGAAAUAAAACUCCCCAAAGUGCCUGAGAUGGCGGUGCCUGAUGUCCACCUCCCCGAGCUGCAGCUGCCCAAAGUGUCAGACAUUCAGCUGCCUGAACUUCAAGUGUCACAGGUCCCAGAGGUGCAGCUUCCCAAGGUGCCAGAGAUGAAGUUGUCCACGGUUCCUGAGGUUCAGAGAAAAGCGGCAGGGGCGGAACAGGCAGAAGGGACUGAAUUUAGUUUCAAGUUGCCCAAGAUGACCAUGCCCAAGUUGGGGAAGGUGGGCAAGCCCAGUGAGGCAGGUCUUGAGGUUCCAGGUAAACUCAUGACACUUCCCUGUUUGCAGCCAGAGGUGGGCAGUGAGGUGGCCCGUGUUGGUGUCCCCUCCCUCUCUCUGCCCUCUGUGGAGCUUGACCUGCCUGGGGCCCUGGGCCUGGAAGGACAAGUCCAAGAAGGCAAAGUGGAGAAGCCAGAGGGCUCCAGGGUAGCAGCAGGUGUUGGAGAGGUGGGUUUCCGGGUGCCCUCUGUGGAGAUUGUAACUCCACAGCUGCCCACGGUUGCAGUUGAGAAAGAGCAGCUAGAGAUGGUAGAAAUGAAAGUCAAACCCACUUCCAAGUUCUCCCUGCCCAAAUUUGGACUUUCGGGGCCCAAAGUGGCCAAGGCAGAGGUGGAGAGGCCUGGUCGAGCCACCAAGCUGAAGGUGUCCAAGUUUGCCAUCUCACUCCCCAAAGCUCGAGCGGGGACCGAAGCAGAAGCAAAGGUUGCUGGGGAAGCAGGGCUGCUGCCUGCCCUGGACCUGUCCAUCCCACAGCUCAGCCUGGAUGCUCAUCUGCCCUCAGGCAAAGUGGAGGUAGCAGGGGCUGACAGCAAGCCCAAAGGGCCCAGGUUUGCUCUGCCCAAGUUUGGGGUGAAAGGCCGGGACUCUGAGGCUGAAGUACUAAUGGCGGGGGAGGCUGAGCUUGAGGGAAAGGGCCGGGGCUGGGAUGGGAAGGUGAGGAUGCCGAGGCUGAAGAUGCCAUCUUUUGGGCUGUCCCGAGGGAAGGAAGUAGAAGUGGAGGAUGGGCGUGUUAGCCCUGGGGAAAAACUGGAGGCCAUAGCUGCACAGCUUAAGAUCCCAGAGGUGGAAUUGGUCACACCAGGAGCUCAGGAGGCAGUGGGGGUUGCCAGUGGGGUGAGACCAUCAGGCCUGCAGGUGUCUAGCACUAAGCAGGUGGUUGCAGAGGGCCAGGAGGGAGUGCUGAGGGUGCCCACACUGGGCAUCUCACUGCCCCAGGUAGAACUGGCCAGCUUUCGGGAGGCAGGCGCUGAGAUUACAGCCCCUUCUGCAGAGGGUACAGCAGGCUCUGUGAUGCCGGAGCUGCCUGGAACCCAGGUGGCAGGAGGUGAUCUGUUAGUGGGUGAGGGCAUCUUUAAGAUGCCCACAGUGACAGUGCCCCAGCUAGAGCUGGAUGUGGGGCUGAGCCAUGAAGCCCAGGCUGGUGAAGCCGCUAAGAGUGAGGGUGUGUUGAAGCUGACGUUGCCCACGCUAGGAGCAGGAGGCAGAGGAGAGGGUCCUGAGCACCAGGACCCCGGGGCCCAGCGCACCUUCCAGCUCUCAUUGCCUGACGUGGAACUCACUUCACCAGUGAGUAGCCACGCUGAGUACAGAGUGGCAGAGGGUGAUGGGGAUGCCGGACACAAACUCAAGGUUCGGCUGCCCCUGUUUGGUCUGGUGAGGGCUAAGGAAGGAUUAGAAGUUGGAGAAAAGGCUAAGAGUCCGAAGCUCAGGCUGCCCAGAGUGGGUUUCAGCCAAAGUGAGUUGGUCUCUGGAGAAGGCUCUCCAAGCCCUGAGGAGGAGGAAGAGGGUGGUGGGGAAGGGGCUUCGGGUCACCGGGGUCGGGUCAGGGUCCGAUUACCUCGUGUAGGCUUGGCUUCCCCUUCUAAGGUCUCUAAGGGACAGGAGGGUGAAACAACCUCCAAGUCCCCGGUUGGGGAGAAGUCACCCAAAUUCCGCUUUCCCAGGGUGUCGUUAAGCCCCAAGGCCCGGAGUGGGAGUAGGGACCGGGAAGAAGGUGGAUUCAGGGUCCGAUUGCCCAGUGUGGGGUUUUCAGAAACAGCAGCUCCAGGCUCCACAAGGAUUGAGGGAACCCAGGCUGCUGCCAUCUGAAGGCCUGGACAGAUGUGGAUUUCUCUCUUGCCUUCCCACCCACCAGUCCAACUCCCCAUUUUGUGUGUAACAUUACUAGCACUAAUCCUCAGAGGGCUCCACGGUGGGCAACUGACUCAGGCAGGAGCCAGUGGCCGGUGCCACCUCAUUAGCAGAAGUGCCUGUAUAUCACGCCAAGCUUUGUGAAUAAAAUAAUUCAAAAGUUGCCAUGUGUCCUGGUUCCUGUGUGUGUGUGAAGGUCUUCUUAUUUGUGCUCCCCCACAGGCUUAUGCAAUGUUAGUUGAGCUCUCCUGGGGGACCCACUGCCCUCUGCAAGUGAACUUUUGUCCAUCUUUCCCUUUCCAUAAACAAGA